UGUGGUGGAGUCGUCAGGGAGAUGACAGCGGGGUGGGCGCGGCUUGUAGUCGGAGCGCGAGCUUCCUCGGGCGGGGAGGACGUGAGCGUGUGAGCGGUGGAGUCACCUCCUCCCACCCACUUACUCCCUCUUCUUCUUCGUCCAUCAUCUUCGCUUCAUCUUCUCUCGUCUUCAUCGAAAGUGGACGACGAUCUCGGCCUAUCUACAUUUUGGUCUCAAUCUUGCUUGACCUGAUUUGGUCUGAUUUCCCCAUAGUAGGUUUCACCACGACUGGGACCAUGUUUUAAGGACCACCUUGACACACUUUGUCCUUCUCCAUCUUGCUGUUAGCCCAAACCGCUUAUUUUUCAGGAGAUGGGUCGGAAGAAAAUCCAGAUCGCCCGCAUCUUGGACGAGAGGAAUCGGCAGGUGACAUUCAUGAAGAGAAAAUUUGGGCUGAUGAAGAAAGCUUAUGAGCUGAGCGUGCUGUGCGACUGUGAGAUCGCUCUGAUUGUCUUCAACAGCUCCAACAAGCUGUUCCAGUACGCCAGCACCGACAUGGACAAAGUGUUGCUCAAGUACACAGAGUACAACGAGCCCCACGAAAGCAGGACCAACUCUGACAUUGUGGAGGCGCUGAACAAGAAGGAGCAACGAAGCUGUGACAGCCCGGAUGUGGGCGAUGGGGCCACGUAUGCCCUGACCCCAAAUACUGAAGCCAAAUACAAGAAGAUCAAUGAUGACUUUGAUGACAUGAUCAGGAACCACAAGAUGUCGUCAAGUGUAACACAGCCAAACUUGGUGCAUGUGGAAGGAGGAGGAACCAGUGAUGGGCGAAUGAUGAUUGUAGCAUCUCAUCACGCUCACCUGCACAGGAACAUGCCCGUGAUGCACAGGUCUACCAGUAACGCCACCACAGGUGAAAUGCAAAGCAGUUCCGAUCUGAUCCUACAGAAUGGAUCUGGACCAGAUGUGAACGGCUUUGUGGAAUCAUCUGGAAAAAUCCGCCCUCCCAAAUCGCCGACGCCGGCACGCAAGUCUGAUCUGCGAGUGCUUAUCCCCGCAUCCAAGGGUGGGAUGGCCACUCUGGGUGAGCAUCACCUGACAAGUCCAGCUUUGAGCACACCGGUGGUAUCCAUCAGCACUCCCAGCGUGGCCCACCACAACGUGCUGUACAGCACCAUCAACUCUGGCGACAACGAUUACGAACUGAGCAGCGCUGAACUGUCAGGUUUCCCCUCUCCCACCGGACCAUCUUUAAACUCCAUGACCACAUGGCAACAACAACAGAUGACCACCUCACUGGGGCCAGGCAUCAGCACCAACCACGGCACUAUCAAGGCUGAGCCUCCUUCCCCACCUCCUCCUAGGGGCUAUUCGGCUCCCCCCGAGGUUGCCGCACGGCGGGACGAGCAUCAGACACUACGUCGCCCGGACUUGCUGCCGCUGGCUGUCGCUUGCCCGGAGGCUGACGACACAUGUCACACAAAGGUUUCAAAUGGUCAAACACGUCCUACCAGGAGGAGGCCCCAAGAUGACCCAGGACAAUUCAACUAGCUGGCCUGGUAAUUGCUCGGGAGUGUCUGUGGGGAAGUAAUGGCCUGACCUUGGAUAAGUGGAAUUAGAUGAAUAGAUGGAUGGAUUUCCAUGAAGACAUUUAAGUAUGGAAAUUUCUGCAACAUUGAACUGUCUGACACUAAAAUCUUUGAUCUUUUCAUGAGUCAUGUCUUUAAAUUUAUUUUUGUCACAGGCCAGGUUGCAAUUAUGGUUUCUCUCAGAGGGGCACUAUAGAACCAUACAGUCCCGUCAAAAAGUAUUUGCCCCCGUCCUGAUUUCAGUUUUGUUUUUGGUUUUUUUCAUUAGCAUGUCACACAAAGGUUUCAAAUGGUCAAACACGUCCUACCAGGAGGAGGCCCCAAGAUGACCCAGGACAAUUCAACUAGCUGGCCUGGUAAUUGCUCGGGAGUGUCUGUGGGGAAGUAAUGGCCUGACCUUGGAUAAGUGGAAUUAGAUGAAUAGAUGGAUGGAUUUCCAUGAAGACAUUUAAGUACGGAAAUUUCUGCAACAUUGAACUGUCUGACACUAAAAUCUUUGAUCUUUUCAUGAGUCAUGUCUUUAAAUUGGGGGACUGAUUGAAACAAGUUUUGCGUUUCUAGUUUGUGUUUCAAAGUUGGCAUUCACUUUAAAAGGUACAUAUACAUAUUCCAGCCCUAUUUGCUUUGACACUGUUCUCAGAGAUUUUCAUUCUGACUCUUCUGCAGACAUGGCAUGAAUGCU